CUUUUCACGAACUUAAAUUUAAAUAAACUGUAAAUUGACACCCUCAAGAUAGGAAAAUAAUACAACAGCGUACGCAUAUGAUAAGCUCAUAUAUGUUCAUAGAAAAUAUAGACUCUCAAAAAAUACAAAGCAAAAUAUAGAACUAUUUUGAUGCAAGAAAAAAGAGCAUUAGAGAGAACUCUAUUUUGUUUCUAUAGAAUAAUCUUUCAGUAUAUAGAUUAUUCUGAGGAAUUUCUAGCAAAAAAAAGAAAGAAUGAUGUAUUCAAAAGAAUUUUACAUCGAUACCCGAGAGAGAGAAAGAGAUCUCAUUUUAUUCUUAUAUGUUUUCUCUUCUAGUUAAUACUCCUGCUAAUGCUACAUGGAAGCAGAACGGGGUGACUAUUGCUGGAGGUAACGGGGAAGGGGAUGCCACUAAUCAACUCUACCGCCCUUAUGGUCUCUUCGUUGAUGAUGAUCAAACAGUGGUUAUUGCUGACGCGGAGAAUCAUCGUAUCGUGCAAUGGAAGAAUGGUGAUACAACGAAUGGACAAGUUGUUGCUGGUGGUAAAGGCGCAGGAAAUGGAUUACAUCAAUUGAAUCAGCCAACUGAUGUAUUAAUUGACAAAGAGACGGAUAGUCUCAUCAUUUGUGAUUUUUUGAAUCAACGAGUUGUACGAUGGUCUCGUCGUAGUGGUACAACACAAGGUGAAAUACUCAUCGACAACAUCAAAUGUAAUGGAGUAGCUAUGGAUGAACAGAGAUAUCUCUACGUCUCUGACGUCGGAAAACAUGAAGUAAGGCGAUAUCAAUUGGGUGAGAAGAAUGGCACUCUCGUAGCUGGUGGUAACGACAAAGGGGAUGGACUCAAUCAACUCAACUUUCCGACAUAUCUCUUUGUCGAUCGACAACAGAAUGUCUACGUGUCAGACAACGAGAAUCAUCGUGUAAUGAAAUGGGUUGAAGGUUCAAAAGAAGGUAUUGUGGUUGCUGGGGGACAAGGUCAAGGAAGUGCUCUGACACAAUUAUAUUAUCCUCGUGGAAUCUUCGUUGAUACGUUGGGCACACUCUAUGUAGCAGACACGUUGAAUCAUCGUGUAAUGCAUUGGACUCAAGGAGACAAGAAACAGGGCACUGUAAUUGUGGGUGGAAAUGGCGAAGGAAAAGGACCAAAUCAAUUCAACGGCCCCGUUGGUUUGUCUUUCGAUCGACAAGGUAAUCUCUAUGUCGUCGAUUUCAAUAAUAAUCGUGUUCAACGAUUUUCUAUCGAAUAA